AUGCUUCUUUCGGGUGGCAUGGCAGCCAGGCACCGAAAGGGUGCUGCAGCUGAAUCGAUUUUUUAUUAUUUACAGAUGAAUGAUGUCGCAGAAGACAGCGACGCGGCUAAGCAGAUCGUUGACGCUAAAGAGUUAGAAAAAUGGUCUGUAAGAGGGGCGAGAUGGCCCAAGUGGUUAGAGCGCGAAUUUACUGACCGGAAGGUUCGUGGUUCGAAUCCGACCUCCACCACUCGACUUCCCCUGUCUAGGCUUGGGCAACCUGGCAGUAUCCUACCCUCGUGCUUCCUUCGGGUGGCAUGGCAGGGGCCAAAAAUAAUUGCCUGCUGGUUGCAGUCAGUUCAUUUCAAUCAAAUCGAAAUUUAUUGGGCAAGCAAACGUGCGGUCGGUACG